UAAUGAUUAUCUGUUGAGGACACCAUUUCAACCAGGGAAAGGGGGAAAUAGUAAAAGGAAAAGGCCAGAGGUGAGAACAUGUUUUUGUGUCCAGGGACCAUCAAGGAGGCCAAACCUUUUGACAGGCAAACCUUUCAAAUCUUGUCAUGCCUGCAAAUGAAAAUCCUUGACCCUAGACAUUGUAGAGACUGGUCAACUUUGCAGGGACUGGUCUCUGUAGGCCCUUCAAAAAGCAUGACCCAGUUAUGAGUCUCAGGUUUUACCCAGCUUCGUGGCUCGUCCUCUGAUGGUGCAUUUCAAAAUGCUUCCUGAGUUCACUAUUCAAAUAUUACAUACUUUUCUGAACCUAGCAUGAGUUCUCACUCCAGCUUAAGAACUGGCUCUAUUGAUGCACCCCACAUUACUUCCUUUCUUCUUGAGUCUACAUAGAUAUUACUGCCUAUAUUGUUCAUUUUAAUUAUGAAAAAUCUAUCAUUCUGUUCUGAUUCAUGCAUGUGUCUCUCGCCACCUCAAUUAACAUGUAACAUAAGAGCUAGAUGUUUAAAAGUGUUUAAAAUCCCUUUUGGCUACUAUCUGUUCAACAGAAAGUGCUCACUAAAAACUUUCUGCAUGUCCAAUGAACGUUUCAUUUAACCAUCUCACAAACUAGAAACACAAUGGAGAGAGCCUAAUCUUUCCCUGUUCCUCCCUUUCGCCAGGAAGAUAUGAGUAGCUAAAGUAUUUGGUGCUAUAUAUAGCCAGUUGAUGUCAGCUGAAUGCCAGUCUCUUCAGAAAAGCUCAGUCCCCAGUUUGAGUCAGAGUAGGGACCAUGCUGUCCCAGGUUCAAGGAUAAAAACCAUCAGGCUGAAGUGCCAUCCAUAGUCCAUCUCCAGAGUCUUCCUCCACAAACUGGGAUUCAUCCCCGCUGAAAAAGCACAAUCUAACAGCAAGCGAACAAAAAAACCAUGCUAUCACAUAAUACUAUGGUGAAGCAGAGAAAACAGCAAGCAACAGCCAUCAUGAAGGAAGUCCAUGGAAAUGAUGUUGAUGGCAUGGACCUGGGCAAAAAGGUCAGCAUCCCCAGAGACAUCAUGUUGGAAGAAUUAUCCCAUCUCAGUAACCGUGGUGCCAGGCUAUUUAAGAUGCGUCAAAGAAGAUCUGACAAAUACACAUUUGAAAAUUUCCAGUAUCAAUCUAGAGCACAAAUAAAUCACAGUAUUGCUAUGCAGAAUGGGAAAGUGGAUGGAAGUAACUUGGAAGGUGGUUCGCAGCAAGCCCCCUUGACUCCUCCCAACACCCCAGAUCCACGAAGCCCUCCAAAUCCAGACAACAUUGCUCCAGGAUAUUCUGGACCACUGAAGGAAAUUCCUCCUGAAAAAUUCAACACCACGGCUGUCCCUAAGUACUAUCAAUCUCCCUGGGAACAAGCCAUUAGCAAUGAUCCGGAGCUUUUAGAGGCUUUAUAUCCUAAACUUUUCAAGCCUGAAGGAAAGGCAGAACUGCCUGAUUACAGGAGCUUUAACAGGGUUGCCACACCAUUUGGAGGUUUUGAAAAAGCAUCAAGAAUGGUUAAAUUUAAAGUUCCAGAUUUUGAGCUACUAUUGCUAACAGAUCCCAGGUUUAUGUCCUUUGUCAAUCCCCUUUCUGGCAGACGGUCCUUUAAUAGGACUCCUAAGGGAUGGAUAUCUGAGAAUAUUCCUAUAGUGAUAACAACCGAACCUACAGAUGAUACCACUGUACCAGAAUCAGAAGACCUAUGAAAAGAAAGUUGUAUGUGCCACAUAAAACUCUGAAUAUAAAAGUUGCUGUUCUACUAUUUUAAUUACUGGCAAAGCCACUUGCAUUUUUCAUUAGUAGCAAUAAUAGCAAUUUAGUGAUUUUCCUUUUGUGACAUUCAAUUUCAAUCUCAGAUCAAAUACUAAUAAACAAUUAGAAAUCUUACUUUAAAAAACUUAUAACUCACUUGUCUUCAUUCAUAAUUUUGUUUUCACCUGGUUUAAAGAAUCUAGACAUUUUAUUGCAAAAGUUCAGAUGGAAAAGUAAUUGCAAACAGUUUCACCUUUGUCUCAUUUUAUAUGAUUUAUUGCAGGGUAAGUUUUUCAAGUGGAAUCUAGAAUCAAAAUACAGGGAGAGAUAUGAAGACCUAUUCAGAGUUUCAUCUAGGGAUGAAAGCUAUGGAAGAUGAUGUACAAAUGUUAUUGAUGGAGAAAAUGGUUGGGUGUGUCCUUUCUGGUGACCAUGAGAAAAUAAUAUGUCUUGAUGAAGUCUUUUCAUUAGUCACUCUUAGAAUUCUAAAGUGCUUUGCACUUUUCAAUAUGUUUUGAAUCAUUAGGUAAUUUAUUCUGGAUGAUAUUCUCCAAAGUUCAAUUCGGUUAUUAUAUUCAUUUAGCAUUAAGUCAAGGAGACUGAGAGACAAUGACUCAAGGGACGUCAUAGUACCAUAGUUUUAAGGACCAAGGUGUGCCCAGAAUUCAAGUUUCACAAAUCCCAAUGCUGUGCAUUGAUUAUGUUCAACUUUACGUGUGCAUUUUUAGAAGAGUAAGAACAAAUAAAGUACACACUAAUAUACAUAUAAAUACAUACAUAUUUGUGAGAGAAGGAAAGAGUAAGUAAUUUGAAUAGGCAGCUUUCUUUGCUAAAUCUUUAAAUUCUGUUAAAAUCCUCAAGUAACUGGGGAGUACAUGCUUUAGGACACAAACAAAAACAAAGGGCAUGAAAGUAUCUGAAAGCAAUGUAGCACACAUCUAUCAUAAUAUAUGUAAUAUAUUGACAUAGAAGACACAAACUAAACUAAUAUAAAGUUAUAGUUAUAUCUUAAAAUAUGAUUGAAGAAGUAUAUGACAUAUAACUUAUAGAAAUCAGUAUCAAUUCCUCCCAUUUCAAUUCAGUUAAGACUUCUGUGAUAGAUGUUUAUAGCAGAGAAGAAAUGUCUCAUCAAUAGAAAACUAUCAGAUAAAGUUUAGGAGAUAGGAAGACAGACUGUGUAUAGUAAUGAAAAUACCAAGUUGCAACAUUACAUAUUUACAAAAAAAAAAUCUGUGUUUGUAGUGUGGAAAUUGGUGACUGUUUUAAUCAUCAUCUAGACUUGUAAGUAGAAAAAUUCUAAAAAUUUGCUUAUGAAAAUAUAACCCUCAGAAAGUAACAAUGACAAAGUAUUAUAUUUAUACAUAUUAUUGUAGAGAAUUUGUAUAUUUUUAAAUAUGUCUUAAGAUAUCUUAAUUUUAUUUAUAAGUUUUGGUGUUUACCUGUUUUAAAAUGAUAAUGUUGGCAUCUGUGAUAAACUAUCAAUGAGGCUCCCAUCAUGCCAUUUUUUGUUCAUUUUAAUCUUUAAAAAAUAAAAAUUAGGCAUAUUCAUUAUGCAUUUUGAUGAAA